CAUUAAUUUAACUGCUAUAUGGAAAAGACACAUUGCAGAUUUCAGAAAAAAAAUAAAAAUAAAAGAUGAAUUUAUCUGAAAAAUAUAUUGUGCUAAUAAUUAUAUUUCUUGGUCAAUACGCAAGGCGUUGCACAGUGAACGAGCAAUCAUACGAAUUUGCAAAUAUUACAAUGGAUGGUGAUUAUAUAAUAGAUUUUGUUCUUUCAAUCCAUGAAGGAAACCGUCCGGAUGAAGAUACUGACAUCAGCGUUGAUAAUGUAGUUGCCGUUGAAGCAAUAAUUUCAGCCAUCGAAUAUAUCAAUGCGGAUGCCUCACUUUUGUCCAAUGUGUCUCUUGGAUAUGUGAUUCAUGACGAUUACAACAGUGUGCAGCAAGUUUCUGCUAUAGCCAUGAAGCUGUCACAACGUAUCCUGUCGAAUAGUUUAUUGACUAGUGGGCAUCAACUCUGUCCGAACAAGAGUAAUGGUUGUAGCCAAUCAGAGGCAAACUUUUCUAUUGUUACCGAGUCGCACUCUUUCAGUAACGUUAACAUUACGCAAAGCACAGAUUCAGACAAUAAACUGAGUAAUGAAAACGACAUGGAAUUUAGCGAGAAAAAUUACUAUAAUGACGAUACAAAGGAUGCUUCAAUUUCUCAAAAGCCCGUUGUUGCUGUUGUAGGCAGCAGCACAAGCGAUACCACAGUAAGUUUAGCAAUGAAUUUGCAGCUGCUCGGCAUACCCAUUGUUGGGUGUAUGGCAACAAGUAACAUUUUCCAGCGAUGGCUUUAUUUUCCAAAUUUCAUUCGAGUGGUUCCGUCUGAUAAAUUUCAAGCCCAAGCAAUCUUUGAUAUCAUUGUCUACUUCGAAUGGAGCUACAUCUUCGUACUUACGUCUAACAAUUAUUAUGGACUGGAAGGUUUGUUACUGCUGGAGAACGAAGCUGCGAAACAAAAUGUAUGUCUGAACAGCUUGUCCAUACAAGCUCAUAGAAACAGCAGUAUAGACGAAAAAUCAAUUCGGAACGCCCUUGAUAAACUUAACGAGGAUGAUCGCAUCAAAGUUGUUAUAGUAUUUAUGCUUCCUGGAGAGGCGCAGAAAUUGUUUUUGGAAGUAUCGAGAAAGAAUAUAACUGGGAUAACAUGGAUAGCAAGUGAGGCAUGGGCAGGACGUGGCGAAUUUCUGACCUUACCACCACACAUUAUGCAAGGUAUAAUAGGUGUUACAUUAAAUUCACAGACUCUCAAACGGCCGGACGAAUACCCGGUGAAAAUUCAUCCCAGACGUAACAAAUGGUUGUUGCCUUUCCUAUGCCAACAAUACAACAUUGCAGCUGAUUGUUCUUUGAAAAAGUUACAAAAUAUUUCAGACUUCCCUCAUAAUUUAACUUCAUUUCAUGAUUGCUUCCCAGUUUCAUUAAAUUUCAUCUGGACUUAUAUGUUCGACGCAAUUUAUACGAUUGCCAAAGGAUUACACAAUCUUUUAGAAGUAAAAAAAUGUGAAAACAAAUCGGUGCCUACUAUCAACUAUUCAGAACUUCUUCAGAAUUACAAAGACAUUCGCUUUCAAGGUUUUUCUGCUGUCCCCAUCCAAUUUGACCGUUAUGGACAAGAAGUGAACGCUCGUUAUGAUAUAAUAACUUUACAGUUCAAUGAAUCAAUCAAAAAGUUAGAAUAUAUCAAUAUUGGAAGCUGGCAGCAAAUUAACAGUGACACGUCGUUGACCAUUAAUCCUUCAGACAUUCAUUGGAAUAAAGGAGUAAAGCCGAUGUCAAGAUGUUCAGUUCCUUGUGGAAAAGGCUAUAAACGCAAAAUCGGAUCACAGUCAUGUUGUUGGGUUUGUGAAAAAUGUCCUCCUGGCUGGGUUUCAACGAGUAAUAUUUCAUAUAAAUGCUUACAAUGUGAAUAUUUGAAACACCCUAAUGAUGAUAACAGUGAGUGUGUUGAUGAUAAACGUACAUGGUUCUCCUAUGAUUCCCCUGGUGGGAUUAUUAUAAUCUUACUUUGUAGUGUUGGAGAAUUGUUUAGUGUAACGCUUUUACUUCUUUUCUCAAAGCAUAGAAACCAUCAUUUGUAUAUUGGAAUGUCAUUCAAAUUUUUAUCCUUUCUGGUUGCAACUUUUGGAUUUCUUUUACCUUUUACUUUCUUACAGCGACACUUAGAUAUUAUUUGUCAUAGUAAUAUUAUAUGUUUACAAUUAUUUUAUGCUCUACAUUUAUCUCUCAUGUUUUACAGCGUCGGUACAAUCCGUCACUAUGUUGGACAUUUAAAUAGACUUUUUAAAAAUAUUCCACUAAAAGGCAAGAAUAAAAAAGAUAAAUCCAAUGAAAUGAAUCAUAUAACAUUUAAUACAGACACUAAGUGCUGCAGUUUAAAUUGCAUAAAUAUGGGAAGUUUUGUUUUUAUUCUCACUAUUCUACUACGAAUUUCUCCAUUAGCAUUUAAUGGACUACAAAUGCCUGCGCAAGUAGUUAUCAAAAAAGUUUCAACAAAUAAUAUUUUUCUUUACUGUAGAUCAAAAGAUUGGGAUUUUUACUUCGCCUUGCUUUAUGAGGCCAUAAUGCUUUGUUUGAUUCUAUUGUUCUCAAACAAAAGUCGGAAUUCUACUAGCAACAAUGAUAUUUACCAAAAUGGAUCAACUAUUUACGACAAUGAUAAAAUAAUAUAUUACGAAGCUUUCCUCAUUGCUUUAGUGUGUUUUACUUUUACCCCAUUCGAACGCUUUGAAAGUAAACCACGGAUAGCUACUAUACUUCAAUCGACAGCAGUAAUAAUUAUACAAUAUAUCUUUGUUGCCUCUACUUACGGUACAAAACUGUACGUCAUCUACAGAGAACGAAACAAAAGAAAAUAGCUGAACUGUAUAUAAAAUAAGUGUUCGUGCAUAGACAGAAAGAUUUCCGAAGUUUUGAAACCUAUUAAUUUGUGCUUUCAUAAUGGACUGACAAAGAAUUCGGAUUUUGUUAGGUUGUUGCUUAAUUUUGAAUCUUGCUUUUGUCAAUGUAUAAACAUUGUUUUCAAGAACUGGAAAGUAGUUUCAGUCGAUAUAAUCAUAAAAUCAUAAAAUCAAAGCAGUGAUAAGUGUCAUUGUAGUGCUAGAGUAAUAGUAGAUUGGAUUAAAAUGCUAUAGUUGAAAUAUAUAUCGAAUUAUAAUAUUGGCGCUGAAAAAUAUUAACUUAGUGAUGGUGUUACAAAAGAUAACACCAUAGUUGCAGAAAGUAAAGUAUUAGAAAAGUUAGCGCAAUAAUGUCAAAUUAGAUCAGAUAUUUAUUUAUUGGAAAUGUUUUGUUUUUGUUGAUUUUCCUGAUAGAAAGACUUAGGCCCAUUUGCUUGACAAAGUGAGAGGAUCGAACAAACAAAAAGUAUGAAUAAUUAUAAAACUUUAUAUUGUUGUAAAUAAUGCAAUCAAACAAAUUAGUAACGUUUCAAAUUUAUGUUAACCAAGAAGGAGCUGAAAAAAUUAUGGGUGUUACCAGCUACUCUAGUAAAGGUCUUUAAACAAAAUAGAUUGAAGAUCUAUAGAAACGCAUGUGAUGAGAUAUAUUGUAUUUGGCUUGAAUUUACCGCCAGCAAAAGUCAAGUCCAAAGAUAAAUAUAAAGGGACCAAAAAUUACUUAAUAUAUUCCACAUAAUAUUAAGAUGCUUCAGACAUCAUAUAGAUGGUUAUAUAGUAAAUGGGCUACUUUCCUUGUACCGUUUCAAUUAAAUAAUGACAUUCACUUAGUAAAAACAAUAUUAUUCUUCAAUAAAUUCAAACUACUCUAUUUCUUCAAUACAAAUGUAUGAAUUUAAGCUGAUAAUGAAUUUAUUAUUCUAAUAAAAUAAAAACGGUGAAUAGGUACUUUUCCUUUUAUGCUUUUUCUUUUACUUCAAAUCUCGGUUUUUACUUUGAUUCAUCUAAGAUUGUUAGUAUACGCAAAAGUAAUAUAUAAUAGGGUUUAUUCAAUCCAUGAUAUCCCUAAACGUCAGCAAAAGUCGGACUAUGCUAUGUCGAAAGAUUAAGCAAUAAGAAAUAUCAAAAUUACACGUUGAAGUCACGACUCCCAACUUUUCUUUUGCAAAUAUACUAAAGGAAAUAUCAUAACCCAUAACCAUUAUCUAUCUAUCUAUCUAUCUAUCUAUCUAUCUAUCUAUCUAUCUAUCUAUUUCUGCCUGUCUGUCUAUCUAUCUAUCUAUCUAUCUAUCUAUCUAUCUAUCUAUCUAUCUAUCUGUCUGUCUGUCUGUCUGUCUGUCUAUAUGUCUGUCUGUCUGUCUGUCUGUCUCUCUCUCUCUCUGUAUAUGUGUGUGUGUAUAAAUAUGUGUGUACAUAUGUAUAUAUACUUAUUUGUGUGAGUGAGUGUGUGUGUAUAAGUGCGUGUGCGUGUUGCGUGUGAGUGUGUGAGAGUGUGUGUGCGUGUGUAUGUGAAUGUGUGUGUGUGUGCGUGUACAUGUGUGUGUGCGUGUACAUGUGUGUGUGUGUUAAGUUUUACUAACAGUUCAGUUAAAAUUAUGAGUUUUCUCGUUAUAACCGUUUGUCUUGUUAAAUGAACCAGUCUAAAUUAUAAAAGCUACAGAUAAAUUUUUCAUAAACAGACACUAAAACACCUGAUAAUGUAAAGAAGCUGAAUAAAGAAAUAAAAUUCAUCUUUACAAGUUUAUUACUAUUGCUGAAGUAGAGACAUAUGUUUAACACCUAAAUUGGAAAAUAUCACCUAAUUGGAAAAAGUGAGAUUCUACAGCAGAAGAGUGUCGUUGUUAUUAACUAGUGCAGGAAUUUACAUAUGUAAAAUAACGAGUUGGCAAUCACACCUUAGUAAAAUCAUCUAAGCAAUUAUUAGACAACAACCCCCUCUAGGAGUGUUUAAAAUGUAAUAAAAAUAAACCGUAAGUGGGAAAACUCUAAUAAGAUCAAUUUAUCAAAAGUUAAAAAUAAUAUCGUCAAAGUAGAUUAGAGUUUAUCUGGUCUUUAAAACCAACUAGUGAACGCGAUGAGCAUCUUUCAGUAUUAUUAAACUUCUUUAGCGGAUCAUAUUCUACUCAUUUAAUGCUUGACAGACAACCUUUCCUCUUAUCUAUAUAAAAUAAGAUUUUAUUGCAAUGAAGUGAUAUGGAUGAUGGAGAUCGACCUUGUAGAAUGUUGUAGAAUGUUGUAGAUCAACACAAAAUGCACCAAAUACUUCCUCAAAUCAUAUUCCGCUUUCUUGAAAAGUGAAACAUUAAAUAAUGGGUUCCCAUGUACACUAUGUCUAAAUAAAGACAGAGCGGCUAUGGACAGAACCACUUCUUGGUCAAAACUGAACUGGAGAUAAUCAACAACAACCACAAUAUAACAUUACUAUUUGUACUUUAAAUUGUUAAUAUCGAAAUGAAAUGGUUACAGCAAAAAUGUGUUUACAUCGUGUACAUUUUAUCAAUGGAAAGAAACAAUAUUUUAAACAAAUACAUUCCAGAUGUUGCAA